AUGAGUAACAUACUGACUACUUUACAAAACAUUAAUAUCAACAGUAUAACUGAUAACUUGAGUAUUGAAAACAUCAAGGAAAACUUUGGAGUGAUCCAAUCCAAAAUUUCCUCAUUACGUCCUCCACAAGAGUUCUUUGAUGUUCGUCAUUUCAGUAAACCAUCGAACUUUACGGAAUUACAACAACGUGUCACUUAUAAUUUGAACUACUAUCAGUCGAACUACGUUGCAAUUGUUUUAUCUUUGUCCUUGUAUGCACUAAUCACCAACUUGUUGUUGUUAUUUGUGAUUGCCUUAGUUGGCGGAGGUGUAUUAGCCAUCAGUAAGCUUGGUGGUGAGGAUUUGGUCACACCAAUGGGAAGGUUUUCAAGCUCUCAAUUGUACACUGGCCUAUUGAUUGUUGCACUGCCAUUGGCUUUCAUUGCAUCUCCAAUCAGUACAAUGAUGUGGUUGAUUGGUUCGUCCUGUGUCUCAAUUUUAUCACAUGCUAGUUUCAUGGAGAAACCAAUCGAAACUGUCUUUGAGGAAACCGUUUGA